AUUAUAUUGGAGUAUUCAAUAAACAAAGUGUAUCUGCCUAUUUUCGCUUCGUGUCAGGAAGCCGCUUCAUAACUCAAAAGUUUAUGCGGACUUUUGAGUUAAUUCGUUUGGGGUUCGGAGUAGGAGUCUACUCCGAGGGUGGGGGCUUAGGUUUCAUCAUCAUCACCUUUCAUCAUUUCAUUAAUCAUCAAGAAAAAAAAUACGUCAGACAUGGCUGUAUGGGCAUAGUUCCCUUUGCCUUACCCUUCGGGGAAAACCAAACCAAAAAAAAUGGCAGUUGCUCUUUUGGGAAUAAAACAGGAGUUUGGGAAUAAAUAACACAGCCACUGUAAACCACAGUUAAUACAAAUAAAUUUAUUUCGGCAGCGGUGAUAUAAAAUCAAAUUAUGUCGUUUGGAAACGCUGUCUAUCACGUCACACGAAAACACUGAAACAACAAAAUAAAAACUUUAAUGAAUCGUGUUCAUCGUGUGUGUAUUUUACCGAUAAUUACUUAUUUUAGUGGAUUAAACUCACCAUGGAGGAUGGAAAUUCAAUUAUCUACGGCCUGGAACAUCAGACAAGAGCUCUGUCACCCCAGUAUGCCGAGAAUGAUGCCAUCAGAUUCCUGAUAGGCACCCAGAGCUUGAAGCCGCAGUCCAACCAGAUACAUGUGGUGGAGUUGGAGGAAGAUACCGGGGCUCUGCACACCAAGGUGUUCAAGCACGACGUGGGCGAGGUGUGGCACCUGCGCUGCUCCCCGCACGACCCCGCCGUGCUGAUGACGACACACAACGCGUACGACGCCAACACCGCGCAGUGCUCCAUGGGCGUCUCACUCUACAAACUGCCCACCACUGAGGUAAUACCAAAGGACCUGGAUGAUCUAAGCGCCAUACAGGGAAGGCAUCCUGAGGAUAUGGAACUGCUAACAACAUUUACACCGGAGAAACCAGAGGAGGAAAUCCGGUGCGCCGAGUGGCACCCGACGGACACGUCGCGCGUGUGCGUGGUGAGCGAGGCGGCGCUGGCCGUGCGCGACGUGCGGGCGGGGGCGGCGGGGGCGGCGCUGGCGCGGGCCGCGCCGCCCGCCCGCGCGCGGACCAAGCUGGCCGGCGGCAAGUGGAACCCGCACCAGGGGGGCGCGCAGUUCGCAGUACUACAGGACAUGCAUAUAAAGUGCUAUGACACGCGGGCGGAGGGCAGCAAGCCUGCCUGGAGUAUUGACAACGCGCACCGCCAGCUCGUCAGGGACCUCGACUUCAAUCCUAACAGACAGUUUCAACUGGCGAGCGUGGGUGACGACGCGGCGCUCAACAUAUGGGACUACAGGAACGGGAAGGAACCGAUAUUCACUAGAACAGAUCAUUCGCAUUGGGUAUGGACGGUGCGCUACAACGCGUACCACGAGCAGCUGCUGCUGACAGGCAGCUCGGACGCACGCGCGCUGCUGACCGCCGCCGCCAGCGUGUGCGCAGACACAGACGACGCCGGGCCUCUAUUAGAAGAUGGCGUGCUCCAAUCGUACGAGCAGCACGAGGACUCCGUGUACUGCUGCGAGUGGAGCGCCGCCGAGCCGUGGACCUUCGCCAGCCUCAGCUACGACGCGCGCCUCGUUCUCUCGCGUGUGCCCAGACACUUCAAGUACAAGAUACUCUUGUAGACCAAAUAAGUUUGUUAAACAAAUCUACCGUCGCUGGUUACCUGGAAUCAUCGUCAACAUACAGUGAAAAUAUUUGGAUGUGACUUUUGUUAUCAAAACCAUGGUAUAAGAGGUAUACAAAAGUGACAGCUAACAUUUUAAGGUUAGCCCAGUUGAUGAAGUUAAUGUCAGCAGGGCAUAUAUUCGCCUUUAGUGACCACGUGAGCACCCUUUCAAUGAAUCACUGACUGAAAACCUAAAUUUCAUUCAUUCUAUUAAUUGACUAGGUACUUGAAAGCUUUCUUAUAAGUAUUUUAAAAAAUACAGAUGCUUGUUUUAUACCUCUUAAAAUAUUUUAUUUCCUGGAAAAAGCUUUGUAUAGGAAAAAAAACAUACUUUUCUUCAAUUGUUUUAAGUUUCGCGCGGAAACGGUUGGUCACGUGACAUUUCGCCGAGUGACGUCACUUUUCAAUAAACAAAGAAACUGACAAACAGUAUAGGCAACUUAAAACCUGACACAUAGUUUUUAUUUUGUGAAAUGUGACGUCACACGAAGCUCAAUCAUGGCCGCCCGUGUUUUGGGUCUUGUAAUACAUAGAUAAAAAACGAAUUUUAUUUUGUAAAAAUAAAAUAUUUAAAAAUGUUCUUAAUAAAAAAUAAAUAUUGGACAAUUAUCGUUAAAUGAUAAACUACAACUACAUAAUUUCUUAUUUAUUGUUACAACUGUCAAGUAGCCAUCACUAUUACUUGUCACAGAGUAUGAUAAUGUGAAAGUGAACAUAUUUAUCAGGAAAGUAUUAUUUAUAUGUAUA